AUGGCUGUACCGGCCUUUCUCCCGCCUGCGCCUUCUUAUCGGACGCCUGUGACUGCUCCAUCAAUUUAUACUCGGUCGUUCCCGACCGCCAAUUCUUUCGAUCGCGACGCGCAAAAGCAGCCUCCCAAUGGAUUCUCCACGACCCCUCCCACCCUUUCGUCGGCGCUGAUCCGGAACCUCCCCCUCAACACUUCGGAGGAGUCACUGCGCUUGAUGAUGGUUUUCUCCAAAGACCUUGUCGAGGUCGAGGUUCUACCCGUCGAGCAGUCUGGAGACGCAGGUUUCCGAUCUGCUAUUCUCAGGUUCAAAAGCCCAGCCGGCGCGCAGGAAGCAAAGAACAUGCUCGAUGGCAAAUCCAACAUUUCUAACGACGCCGAGAUGAUUGUCGAGAUCCUGGGCUCGACGAGUCCCACUUCCCUGGGCAAGAAAUACGCGAAUGACGCUAUGAUCCCUGCGGGCACAUCGUCUGCGGCCCCGCCUGCGACCUCCUCGGCAGCUCCGUCGGCUCCGUCGUCGAGGCACACAUCGCGAUUCAAUGGAACAUUUCAAUCGCUCGAAAAGAUGGCAUCCCCGUUGAAUACCAUGUAUGGAGAUGCCCAAGUCCAUGAAACAAACACGCACUAUCAAAAUAUCUUUUCUCCCCAGUCGCCAAUCGGGAACCAUCUCGCAAACUCCACCCAGGUCACCGGCAAAUCGUUAAUAGACUCAGCCGAGGACGACGAGACCAAGGAACUCUUGAAGGACCCCGUUGGGUUUGCUGAAUUUGCCGAGAAUGGCCUGCAGCGCCGCCAGACGGCCCCGCAAAUCCCAAUCACUCGCAUGGCAGGCCUCUCGCUGAACACGAAUCCAACGACGGGCCAUGUUCCAGUAACUCACUAUGGCCACCCAGGGAUGGGCAGUUUACCAGGGCUCUCUAAUACCAUGUCCCCUACGUUGAUGUCGGGCCCCGGCAUGGUAUACAACCCUUCGUUCCGAACAAGCAACUUCCCCCCUGCCAAUCCGGCCGAUCAGAACCCGCCAUGCAAUACGCUCUAUGUCGGCAAUCUUCCUGUUGAUACCUCGGAAGAAGAGCUCAAGGCACUGUUCUCGAAGCAACGGGGCUACAAACGGCUUUGUUUCAGGACUAAACAGAACGGGCCCAUGUGCUUUGUUGAGUUCGAGGACGUGUCGUUUGCCACCAAGGCAUUGAACGAUCUCUAUGGCCACCUGCUCCAUAACAGCGUCAAAGGCGGCAUCCGUCUGAGUUUCUCCAAGAACCCGCUCGGCGUCCGAUCCGGCCAGACCUCUGGUCAGAGUGCCGCUGGAGCCAUGGGCGGCAUGAACGGAAUGCAUCUCGGGUCUACUAGUGGCUUUACUACAGCUAGCGGCCCUCCGCCGGGACUUUCAGCGCCGCCUGGUCUCGGCAUGAAUCGAGCGGGAUACACUGGAUCGCCCGGGCGAGGCCUUGGCCCGAACGGCAUGUACAGUUCUCCCACCUCCACAGUCGGGCCGAGCAACCCGUGGGGAGGCGCGUACAACGGCAUCGGCCACGGACCCAUGAUGGCCGGCGCUGCCUCGGCCUAUCCUCCGCAUAUGAUGGGGAAAUAG